UUAGGUUAUGUCGCUGUCCACCAAACGACCAAACAAACAUGCAGUCAACUGAUAAUGAUUCAUUAGAAGAAAUGUACAAACCUCUUCGAUUUUUAAGACAUACCAGGGAUUCUUGAUACUGUAAUGUAGUCACAAUGGAACUGAAUAAUCAGGUCUGAUAUUCAAUUCUGCCAACUGCAGGUCUGACAUGAAUUCUUGGUCCUUCGGUUUAUAUUUUUGACUAAGUGUAGUGUGCAGUGUGUGACAGACUUUCCUGCAGCAGAAUUACUGUAAUUCGUUUUAGGUUAUGUCGCUGUCCACCAAACAAACAUGCAGUCAACUGACAAUGAUUCAUAAGAAGAAAUGUACAAGCCUCUUGAUUUUCCUGUUUUUCUCAAUUUUAUGUCAUACCAGGAAUUCUUAAUACUGUAAUGUAGUCACAAAGGAACUGAAUAAUCAGGUCUAAUAUACCAAUUCUGCCAGCUCCAGGUCUGAGAUGAGUUCUUGGUCCUUCAGUUUAUAUUUACUCUUGAGCUAUUGGCAACUAAUUGUAGUGAGCAGUGUGUGACAGACUUUCCUGCAGCAGAAUUACUAUAAUUUGGCCUAAUAUACCAGCUCUGCCAACUCCAGGUCAGAGAUGAAUUCUUGGUACUUCAGUUUAUAUUCUUGAGCUAUUGGCAACUAAUUGUAGUAUGCAGUGUGUGACAGACUUUCCUGCAGCAGAAUUACUAUAAUUUGACAUUCUUCAUGCAAGCUGUCGGCCUACAUCAUUUCCGAUCCACGGUCAUCCUUCAAGACAGUCACAUGUAUACCACUGUGCCCAUCCUGUUUGUGUUACUAAAGCCUGUGAACAAUUACUGAGGUAAAACCUCUAGUGACUGAAGACUGUUUGUUUUACUAAAGCCAGUGAAUUACUAAUGUAGAACCUUGAAGGUCUUGUGGCUGAAGAUUCUUUGUUUUACUAAAGCCAGUGAAUUACCAAUGUAGAACCUUGAAGGUCUUGUUGCUGAAGAUUCUUUGUUUUACUAAAGCCAGUGAAUUACCAAUGUAGAACCUUGAAGGUCUUGUAGCUGAAGAUUCUUUGUUUUACUAAAGCCAGUGAAUUACCAAUGUAGAACCUUGAAGGUCUUGUAGCUGAAGAUUCUUUGUUUUACUAAAGCCAGUGAAUUACCAAUGUAGAACCUUGAAGGUCUUGUGGCUGAAGAUUCUUUGUUUUACUAAAGCCAGUGAAUUACCAAUGUAGAACCUUGAAGGUCUUGUAGCUGAAGAUUCUUUGUUUUACUAAAGCCAGUGAAUUACCAAUGUAGAACCUUGAAGGUCUUGUAGCAGAAGAUUCUUUGUUUUACUAAAGCCAGUGAAUUACCAAUGUAGAACCUUGAAGGUCUUGUGGCUGAAGAUUCUUUGUUUUACUAAAGCCAGUGAAUUACCAAUGUAGAACCUUGAAGGUCUUGUAGCUGAAGAUUCUUUGUUUCACUAAAGCCAGUGAAUUACCAAUGUAGAACCUUGAAGGUCUUGUAGUGGAAGAUUCUUUGUUUUACUAAAGCCAGUGAAUUACCAAUGUAGAACCUUGAAGGUCUUGUAGCUGAAGAUUCUUUGUUUUACUAAAGCCAGUGAAUUACCAAUGUAGAACCUUGAAGGUCUUGUAGCAGAAGAUUCUUUGUUUUACUAAAGCCAGUGAAUUACCAAUGUAGAACCUUGAAGGUCUUGUGGCUGAAGAUUCUUUGUUUUACUAAAGCCAGUGAAUUACCAAUGUAGAACCUUGAAGGUUUUGUGACUGAAGAUUCUUUGUUUUACUAAAGCCAGUGAAUUACCAAUGUAGAACCUUGAAGGUCUUGUAGCUGAAGAUUCUUUGUUUUACUAAAGCCAGUGAAUUACCAAUGUAGAACCUUGAAGGUCUUGUAGCAGAAGAUUCUUUGUUUUACUAAAGCCAGUGAAUUACCAAUGUAGAACCUUGAAGGUCUUGUGACUGGAGAUUCUUUGUUUUACUAAAGCCAGUGAAUUACCAAUGUAGAACCUUGAAGGUCUUGUAGCUGAAGAUUCUUUGUUUUACUAAAGCCAGUGAAUUACCAAUGUAGAACCUUGAAGGUCUUGUAGCAGAAGAUUCUUUGUUUUACUAAAGCCAGUGAAUUACCAAUGUAGAACCUUGAAGGUCUUGUAGCUGAAGAUUCUUUGUUUUACUAAAGCCAGUGAAUUACCAAUGUAGAACCUUGAAGGUCUUGUGACUGGAGAUUCUUUGUUUUACUAAAGCCAGUGAAUUACCAAUGUAGAACCUUGAAGGUCUUGUAGCUGAAGAUUCUUUGUUUUACUCAAGCCAGUGAAUUACCAAUGUAGAACCUUGAAGGUCUUGUAGCAGAAGAUUCUUUGUUUUACUAAAGCUAGUGAAUUACCAAUGUAGAACCUUGAAGGUCUUGUGGCUGAAGAUGCUUUGUUUUACUAAAGCCAGUGAAUUACUAAUGUAGAUCCUUGAAGGUCUUGUGGCUGAAGAUUCUUUGUUCUACUAAAACCAGUGAGUUACCAUGGAAAACUUAAUUGAAUACUUAGUUUCUGAAAACUCAAAAUCUGCACAAAUCAAGAUGAGCAGUCCCAAUGUUAGUCAUGGAACUAUCAUGAACACUCUGUUGGAUGCCCCACUCAAUCUGUGGUCUAAUAGGAGAGAUCACUUGAAUUUUCUGAUCCUCGACCCUUGCAUUGCUAGUGAUUCUGGUCUGAAAGAAGUUACACAAUCGAUCUCAAAAGCAUACAGGAAAAAUCGAGAGAGUUCAGGAGGACCAUUGGAUUGUACUCCAAUUUCAGAAUCACCAACAUCUUCUGAAAGUAUCGCACACCAUGAUCAAGAAACUAAGGUUGGUACAAGUCAGAAUUCAGCCAAAGAACAUGUUUAUCCUAAUAUGAUAUCAGAACCAUCAACAAGUGAAUAUCAUAAAAAUCAAGAGAUUUCUGGAAGACCAUUGGAUUGUACUCCAAUUUUAGAAUCACCAACAUCUUCUGGAAUUAUCACACACCAUGAUCAAGAACCAAUGGUUGGCACUAGUCAGAAUUCUGCCAAAGGACUUGUUUAUCCUACUUUGUCAUCAUCACAUGCAUAUUCCACCAACGAAAACUAUUCUGGAGGACCAUUAUUAGAUUGUCCAGCAUCACAACCAUCGACAUCUUCUGAAAUUUCUAGACAUCAUCAAAUGACUGCUGUGGCAGAUGAUGUGAGUAUUGACAUGGAGGCUGAUAUCAGAGAUAUAAUGUUGAAGUACCUAAAACUCGGUCCAGUUAAGAAACGCCACCCUGAAGUGUCUCACAAUACAUUCAUUGAAGGAUUGAAGUAUUUGGGAAAGGUGCUGAAAGACAGUAAUGUUACAGAAUUGAAUCUAUGUAAUAACAAUAUCAACUGUGAUGUGGCAAUUGCUAUUGCUUUGAACCUGUGUGGGACCAAGAUUACAUCACUGGAUCUUAGUAGGAAUGAGAUUAUGGAGACUGGAAUGAAUUAUUUGGUGAGUAUUCUGAAUAAUUCUGCAUUGACAUCCUUGGGUAUUGAUUGUGGCUUCAUAGAUGCUGUUGUAUCUUACAAGAGGAAUGGUGCACAGCUGAAGGUACCAGUACUCGAUUUGUACUGCUGUGAGUUCUAUUUUUCCGAUGAUUAUCAGUGUGAAACAUUUGACAAUAUCUGCAAAAAUAUAAUCAGUUAUGAACUACCCAUUAAGUGCCUGAAUGUCAGUCGCAAUUCCAUCCCUUUUAAGCUGUUACAAUCAUUGAGUUCUUUGCUGACCAGUUGUCCAAUUACGCACUUCGAUCUCAGUGAUUCUCUGUUUGAUUUUGAAGGUAAAAAUUUGUUUGUGCCAAUUUUAAAAUCAAGUCAAAUCACACACUUGAAUUUAAGUGGGAAUAAGAUAAAAUUUGAAGCUAUACAUUUUCUAGCGGAAGCAUUGAAAGAUGGGCCUUGUCAUCUAACUGAGCUGGAUGUAUCCCAUGGUGUUUUGAACUGUGUACGUCUACAAGAGUUGGCUCCAUCAUUGAAAGGUUCAAAUGUAACUACAUUAAAAUUGGCCAAUAAUGAACUAGAUAACAAUAGUAUAAGUAGUUUGGUGACUGUAUUGAAAGAUACCCAAAUUUCAUGCAUUGACCUCAGUUUCAAUGAUAUCCGUUGUCGGAGUUUCAAAGAGUUUUCAAAUACUGUAAAACACACAAAACUAACCUCUCUUGAACUCUGUGGAAUAGAAAUCUGUAAUGAAUGUAUAGAGUGCUUGGGAAAUGUUGUGGAAGAUAACCCACAGUUGAUCUCACUCAAUCUCAGCUCUAACCCCAUCAACCUGAAAAGCAUGCACAUUUUGACAUCACAUCUAGUUAAUAGUAACAUAACCUCUCUAAAAAUGGGGGGACUUUCUAAAAAUAAUAAUGACUAUAAUGCUGCUUUGAGUUGUCUGUUGAAAAGUUUGAAAAACACCAAAGUCACUGAUAUUGAUCUGGGGGGGAAUGGCCUAGACUUUGAUCAGCUCAAAGAGCUUGGAGACUGUUUAGCUGAUCCAAAGUCAAACAUAACCUCACUUGAUUUGAGUGUAAAAUCAGGGUAUAAUGGUAGGGAAGGUAAGAAAUUGAAUGCAACUCCUUGCAUCAUGAGAUACCUGGCUGAUGUUCUCAAGAAUUCCAAAGUCACACAUUUGAAUUUGGCGGGGAAUAUGAUAAAAUGCAACAGCUUGAAAAAUCUUGUGUUGAAUUUGCCGGGGACAAAGCUGACAUCGCUUGACAUAAGUUGCAAUCAGGGUAUAUGUUGUAGUGCAUUCUAUUUAGCACAUGUUUUAAAAAAUACAAGAAUUGCAUGUCUCAAUCUUGGUGAUAAUGCUGGAUAUUAUGAAUCAUGCAUUGAUGACUUCUAUAGAUGUUUCAGAGACACUUCAUUCACUGUAGGUUCAGGUGAUGCACUUUCCUCCAUCAGUUUCUACUUCUUGUCGAAAGUGUUGAAGGAUACGGGCAUCACUAGCAUUGAACUGAGCUCCACAGAAGCUGAUUACGCUGUUUUAAAAUAUCUCUCCCAAGGAUUGUUGGGAUCAAAAGUGGAAAUGCUCAAGAUUAGAUAUGUUGAUCUGCAAUCAACAGGUGUUCAAGUUUUGGGUAGAAAUCUGCCACAUACCCAGAUCUCCAGAUUGUGUUUGACCAAUGCCAGGAUAACUAAUGAAUGUUUCAAGAACCUUCUCGAAUCCCUGGCAGGGUCACUGGUGACACAUCUUGAUGUCUCCCACAACCACAUUGAUAGAAACUGUGUCGAUUUUGUUGCAACUUGUCUAGAACGUACAAGGAUUGAAGAACUCUAUUUAAUGGGGGGCAUUUUUGAGCUAACAACUGCAAAACAAUUGUGCGAGAGUGUGAGAGAUUGUGAAAGAAAUGAAACUCUAGUAGUAAUUGGUAUCAGGAAUGAGGAAUUGAUUUCCUGUACCAAUUUGUUCAUGUAUCCCCCUUUUAUUGAGGUUGUUGCAACUGUGGAUGAAUGUGGGGUGGCGGCAAACAUGCUAUGCAAUGCUUAUAAUAACAAAGAGAUUUCAAAAAUCAUCCAUUCUAUGACCUAUGUCUAUUUAGAAGAUGUGUUUGAUAAUAUUGACAUAAAUGAGCUUCAGUUGCAUAGAUCUCAUUUUCAUCGAGUUGAAGAGGACUAUGGAACAAGUAACCUUGCCUUAUUGGAAGUUAACAAUGUCAAUUACUUUGAUGACACCGUUAUUUUGAAAUUUCUAAUGAAUGGAUGUUUUUCUAGAGCCCUGAAAAUUAUUAAAAGUGAUAACUCCAAUGAGCUAAUAAUUGAUGAUUCCGAAUUUGAAAGGAAGUUGAAAAGCAUUAAAUUUGAUGAUGAUUAUGAUGAAAAUUUACAAGAUUUAAAAAUAAAGCAUUUCUAUGAAGGAUUAGAGCCAGUCCCUACAAUAAACAAUCUAGGGUACUUGGAUCUCAGCAGUAACAACAUUAGAGGGAAAAUAUUUAGGAACCUUGUCAGUUUUUUGGUUGGUAGUAAAAUUAUCUCCUUGAACCUCAGUAACAACAAGCUGAAAGCAGGUGAAGCUGAACUGUUGGCCUGUAUACUCCCCAAAACAAACCUAACCUACAUAGAUUUGCAGGGAAAUGAUAUAAAAUACGAAGGCUUCACAUAUCUCAUGGAUGUUGUUGAAAAGACCAAUAUUUGCUGGCUUUCAUUGGGCGAUAAUGGGAUAGAACUGAAGUCUGGGAAACUAGAACUAUCUCCAUACAUUGUGCCACGUGUUGACACUCCAAUCGCAUUUCAAAUGCGAUAUUUUUUUGUAAAGUUGGUAGGCCUAUCCCUGAACGGAGAAUUUGAGUUCAAGGCUGCUAAAGACCUUGAUGACAUCAGUAGCUAUGCUAAAUUUUUGAAGCAUGUUACGCUAGUGCCAAAUUCAAAUAUACACAUUUACGAUAUCAUGUACAUGCAGAGGAAGGUGCAUGAUAUUCAAGCAAUUAAAAAAGUUGAUAUAUUUGUAGAAAACAUUACGCAUUUGUUUUACACUUUUGUUGAAACAAGUCAACAAGAUCUGGUGAAUGUUUUUGGUGAUGAUUGUUUUUUGGAUCUGGUUAGAGUGUUUGAGGAGCUGGGAAUGCACGAAUAUGUAGUUGGUUUACUCCUGAUGAGGAAACUGUAUUAUGUGGAUGAUGAGCAGAAUAUAUUGCACCCCAUUAUUUACAAAAUGCUUCCCAAGUAUGGGUUGCCAACGUUUAUUGAGUAUCUAGAGCCAGAUAGAAAAAGAAAGAUGAUUGAUUUCUUCCAGACGCAUCUAGAUAUUGAUGGGGCUCAGGAUAUUAUUGAUGAUUUAUUGUCAGAACAUGAUACAUAAUUGGUUUUCUAUCAACAGAGCACGAUACAUGAUUGAUUUAUAUCGACAGAGUCGAUUCUCUAUGUAUAGGGUCAAUUCUCUAUCAUCAUUUGUUUCCAUUAAGCUGCGUUUACACCACAGUUAUUAACAAAAUGUUAAUAACUUGAUCCUUAAUGUUGGGGAAACAAGCUUUGCUCGUUAUUUUCACUUUCCUUGCCCUAUUACCAUAGGUAAGGAAAGUAUUGAUUUCCGAGAAAAAUUAAGGUACCCAAAUUUCUAAAUUGUUAUACGUUUCAAGGUCCCCUGAGUCCAAAAAAGUGGUUUUUGGGUAUUGGUUUGUAUGUGUGUGUGUGUGUGUAUGUGCAUCUGUGUACAUGAUAUCUCUUCUUCCAAUUAACAGAAUGACUUGAAAUUUGGAACUUAUGGUCCUUAUAGUAUAAGGAUCCAACAUGAACAAUUUUGAUCAAAUGCAAUUCAAGAUGGCGGCAAAAAUGUUGUCAAAAACAGGGUUUUUCGUGAUUUUCUCGAAAACGGCUCCAACGAUUUUUAUUAAAUUUAUACCUAGAAUAGUUAUUGAUAAACUCUAUCAACUGCCUUAAGUCUCAUAUCUGUGAAAACUUCAGGAGCUCUGCCACAUCUACACAAAGUUCGAUUUUAGAUUUCUAAUUAUCUGGCUUCAGAUACAAUUUAAACAAAACAAUUCAUUGAAAAUGUUGAGCAUGAAAAUCUCUACAAUUAAUGUCUAGUAACAUUUUCACCUAAAAUUUAAAAUAAGCUCGAAAUUUGAGAAAAUGUGAUUAUUCAAUAUUGCAAACUGUUGGUAACUGUGGAUUCUAUUAAAUCAUUCACUAUGAAAAUAUAGCAGACUUGUGUGUCUCCAGCGUUAUUGUCCUGUCACCAGCUGGCUCAGAUCUUUGAAUAGUAGACUUGAAAUGCGUGUGAAAACUAGUGUCAGGUGAUCAAUUUUCAUAAUGGCAAGGGAAGUUGUGUGAGUGUGCCACACCAGAUUUUCAUUAAUUAUUGAUAAAUAGAACACAUUUCUCUAAAAUGAUUGUGUUUAUAUUUCACAGCUGGCUAUAUGUCAUCUUAUGAAUUUCGGGGAUGCAAUAUUUUGAUUUUUCACAUACUCACAUGCUCACUCACUUUUUUACCAUCCACAGCUGUUUCAGCCAAGGAUGAAUAUUAUCAUUUUAAUGUUGUCCAGCUUGUUUUCCCAAGGAUGAGUACAAUCGAAUUUUUAUAUCAUAAACCUACUAUGUUCCAAAUUUUGUGAAAAUUUAUUGUUAGAGCCGUUUUCGAGAUCCGUUGAACAUAAAUAAGCAGAUAUAAAAAUACAAAUAUACGGAAAUUGCUUGCUUAAUAUAAUAGGAUAGAUUCUAUUAAAUUGAACGGAACUUGACAAACACAUGUGAUCAUCAUGUGUAACCAUAGCCAUAACUUAUCCUAUAUUUAAAUUUAAAAAUAUAUCUAUUAGUUCCAUAUAUCCUUAUCUAAAGAAAGUUUUUAGAUAAAGUAUAUAUAUCCAAAUAAUUAAAAAUUAGUAAAGUAUGUGGUAUAAAAAAAAACACGUUGUUAUUGAUAUAUAAGGGUGUUAACAAAAUAUUUUAAAGUUAAUUACCCUUUCUAUCCCAAUUUAUGAAAAAACAAGAUGAAAAAAUCAUUCUGGUGUUUUUAUGUUUCAAAACACUCUUGAAAAUGAGAAAAUAAUUUUUCCCAAAUUUUUCUCACCCUCCAGGGGCCCCUAGGGGUAUGUUGUUUUAAAACAACAUUGGGACAUUUGGGUCAUUUCAAAUAUGUAUAGUAAAAAAUUUUGGUUUUGCAUUAGAAAAGUCAAUGGUACUUUCAUCAUGCUUUAUUCAAGGAAAGGUGAAUGAUUUCAUUAUGGAAUCAUUCCUAAUCAAUAUUUUUUUCUUGAUUUCAACAUUAUAACAAUGAAAGUCACAUAAUAAAAUUCUCAAGAGUAGUAAAAUGGAUUCUCAAAAAUGUGAUACACAGAACCAGAUUUUGGUGACUAACUUAUUUAUUAUAUUCAUAACUGAUACAUAUUUACAUAAUAUAAAAACGUGGAAUUGAAACUGAAAAUAAGGUUCUAAAUAUCAUAAAUUUCCUACUUUUUUAAAACUAUAUUUUGGUUACUAACUUAUUUAUUAUGUUCAUAUCUAACUGAUACUUACAUAAUAUGAAACAAACUAAAAACUGAAAAUUGGGGUUUAUCAUAUUAUAAAUUUACUACUUUACUACAUCUACUUACAUCUACUACUUUAUCAUAUUUACUAUUUUUGUAGAACAAGUUGUUCCUUGUAGCCUAUUGGAUUUUUUUAUUUUAUCUAUGGUAAUCAUUGAAGCACAUUCUGUUUGGGACUGAGCAAAGACGUACUCCACAUUUUGUGCAAUACACCUUGGUGUACCCAGUCUUACACAGCUUGCAAUGUCCUUGUUUUGCAAAAUACCCAUGUUCGUGCCCAAUAUUUCUUCCAGUGUCUGGAGAAAAAGGGAAUUAUGAAGCUAGGUUACACUAUGUAGCAGAGCUACAUGUAGCUCAGCUAUAAAGCUCUGCUACAAGUUCAAAAAGUGACUUAUUCUCACUUUUAUGCAACUAUAGCAGUUGAGCCUAUUUUCUCAGCUAUAUAGCAGAAAAUGAGCUAUCCAAAAUUUACAAAAUUAUCCAAUAUCUUCUCUCUCUUCUCUGUGCUGAAAGCAUCACAGUAGCUUCGCUGAAAGCAGCGCCUGCUGCAAGAACUACAUUCUUCUUAGGCAUCUGGUUGGGAUAACUGAGCAGUGAAUAGUGGUUUAUUCCAAACUAUAUGUAGCUCUGCUACAUGAAAUUUGCAUAGAUCUCCUUAUAGCAGAGCUAUAUGUAGCUCAAAUUUCAUAUAGCUCCCCAGCUACAUAUAGUGUACACUACUAUAAUGUAAUGUAUAAUGUACUAUAGUGUACAACUACAUAUAGUGUAAACGUAGCUUUAGGCUAUUUGCUUUCAUACCAAUGAGUCCUGUAAUACAGGACUGCUGACUCAGGUAAUGAUUUAGAUUGCACAGGUGAAACAGACUUUUGAAAAUAAAUUGGAGAGAAUCUUACCUGUACAUUCUCUUGUAGAGGAUCAGCAAUAAUAUUACUGUCCGGUAUCUUGAUUUCUAAAAAACUAUUCAACUCAUCUUCAGGAAGAUUCAUGAGUUUGUCUAAAUCUUCAUUAUCCAAGAUUUUGCACAUUAUAACGAAAAACAAUCAUCCACAAUAAUUCAGUAAACAAUAACUCCACGAACACAUUUGAAAACUGAGAGAAACACAAUAACAUAACCUCAAAGUCUCCUCACAUGUGACUCCUCUAACGGCCCAAUGUUGUUCUAAAACAACAGACAUAAAAUGUUGAAUAUAAAUGAUAUUUUUGUUCAAGUUUCUAUUCCUAUGACUGAUAUUUCAUCAUGAAAUAAUAAACAAUUAUAUGGAUAUUUUUUACUCUUAUUUUCAGUUCUUUAGAAUUUUAUAAAAACCGAAGAAAAUUGUCACAUUGAAGUGUUGGUACAAUUGGAUAUGACAGCUGUUUUUUCAGAAAUUAGACUGCAUUUGAGUGCUCUCUAGUGGUAUAAUACUAAACUAGACUAAUGUAGCUUUCAAACAAGGCCAGUAGAUGGCAGAUUCAUUCAAUCACUGAUCCAAUAGACAUCAUAGAAAAUCAUGUUGUUCAGGAACAACACUGGGAUAGAAAGGGUUAAAUUAUUUUUUGCUAAUAGCUAUAUUUAUAAUAUUAUAUCUUGACACUAAGGGAGUAUUUAUUUAUAUUUUUCUAUUAAUUAUUAAAAAAGUUAAGGUAUUUGACUUAUGUCUUGUAUAUUAUUAUAUUAGUGUUCCAUAUUACACAGUACCAUAAACUUAAAUGUAAUUUAAUAGUUGCCAAAUAUUGAUAGGCUACCUAUUUUAAUAUUAUAAUAUUUUUGUAUAAUAUAAACUUGAAAAAUGUCAAUAUUGAUUAUGAUAAUUCCGUAAUUAUUAAAUGUGAUUCUGUUCAACAAAUUAUAUUCUCUCCACUUCCUGUCAUUUUAUUUGA